AUGGAUGCUUGCAACACAGUCGGUGCUACUAAAAAGCAUCGAAGAUAAUUCCCGAUACGUCUUUCAUGACCAUCGCAACGAUCAUGAUCGCCUCGCUUUGAUCUUCUUGACUUUUCAACCGAGGAGCUCAAAGGAUUCCCUUUUUGAGACCCUUCAAGUCCAAGGUGUUUAGCAUCAGUCAUGCCCAUGGAAUGGAUAUAAAUAGAACCACAUUCAUCCCCGUCUCCGGUCUCGACGAGCACUCCAUUGCUACACACACCAUCCCGAUCAGCCACUUAUCUAUAUUCCGACACCCAGUACAGAGAAUGACACCCACAAUCUCGUCCACCAAGGCUGUCCCGUCCGCAUCCCCAUAUACCGAAGUACGCACGGUCCCCAACCGCUGCGAAUGCGUCGCGGAGUCCAAGUCCGGGAACUAUUGGGACGACGAACCCCUCCGGGAGGAAAUCCUCAAGGCCAAGGCAAACCAGCAGAAGGAGUGGUGGAUACCCCGGCCCGGGCAUUCCCUGGACCUCUGGGGGCGGCUGCUCAGCGACACGUUCGGCCUCGCCGGCGACGGAGAGAUCCUCCCCGACAACCUCGAUGACACCCUGCCCGCGCACGUGGUGGCGGCGGAGAUCUACAACGCGCGGUACCCCUUGACCGGCGUCGUCCGGUAUCUACGCCUCUCAGAGUGCGUCGGGAGGCCCCUCUGGCCGCUGACGGACUGUGCGCUCGUGGUGAUCGAUCUGAUCCCCGGGAACUCUUCGAAGCUGGUGCGUGAGGCCUUCCCGGAGCGCGCGAGGGCUCUGGAUCGUCUCAUUCGGAGCAGCACCACCCCCACCCACAAGGAGGAGGAGCCCCACAUAAAACAGGAAGGGGGGAAGGAGGAGGAGGAGGAGGAGGAGCCGGUGAAGGAACUCGUCCGAUACCCCUUCAUCCGAGUCUUCUGCACCUGGGGCGACAAGGAGCACCCGGACCCGUCGCUGGACGAGUGCCGCGAAAUCGUCACCCAGCUGGGGAUGACGGACGAGGCGCGCCGCACGUGUCGGGCGUUCUUCCUCGCCAGGGGCUCCAGGGUCGGCAUCUAUACGUGGGAUCGGAGUGGGCAGGGCCGCACGGUGCUGCCACUGCGCGUCCACCCGGACCAGGGCGAUGACCCCUUCCUCUGCCUGGCGGACGAUCAUGCGCGGGUGGGGAAGAUUGUGCAGCAGCUGUCGAGGGAGGUGCAUGCCGUCCUCAAGCUGGCGGCAUUCUGGUAAGUCCUCUUUUCCAGGCGCUUUUCCUAUUCGCAUCGCUGUCUUUCCGUUAGUGUACUUUGCCUUACAAUCCAAGUGACUAUAUUCAUGAUUUUUCGUUCUAUCUCUCCUGUCCCUUUUCCUGUUUCCUUAUUUCCUUUCUUUUG